CGGGCGGGGCGGGGCGGGAGCGGGCCAGGCCCGAGCUGCUGCGCCAAGGGGCCCUCUGGCUGGUCGUCGGGGCUCGGCGCGGGCCUGGCCAUGUCCGACUACCGGAUCUCGGUGGAGGAGCUGAACGACCUUCUGGCUAAUGGGAGCGGCUGCUACAGCCUCCCCAGCGCGCACAGCAACGAGGUGGUGCCGCGCAUCCACGUGGGGAACGCGUUCAUAGCCAAGAACAUUAUGAGGCUGCAGCGUCUGGGGAUAACCCAUGUUCUGAAUGCAGCAGAGGGGAAGUCAUUCAUGCAUGUGAACACUAAUGCAGAGUUCUAUGAAGGCACAGGCAUCAGAUACCAUGGCAUUAAAGCUAAUGAUACACAAGAAUUUAACCUCAGUCGCUAUUUUGAGGAGGCAGCUGAUUUUAUUGAGAAAGCACUUUCCCAGAAGGAUGGACAAGUGUUUGUGCAUUGCCGUGAGGGCUACAGCCGUUCUCCUACACUGGUCAUCGCCUACCUCAUGCUUCGCCAGAAUAUGGAUGUCAAGUCUGCAUUGAGCACUGUCCGGCAGAAGCGAGAGAUUGGCCCCAAUGAUGGCUUUCUAAGGCAGCUUUGCCAGCUCAAUGAGCAAUUAGUGAAGGAGGGCAAACUGAAGCCUUAGAACAGAGCACCGUAGUAUUUUUUGAAGUUUCUCAAACCGUCAGAGGACAUCUUAGGUGCUUUAGAUUCCCAAACCCCAACUACCAAGCUAAAUCACAUAAUAUGAGGGAGACAGAAUUCCUGCUCUUGUCUAAGGAAAGCAUCUAUCUUUCUCGAACUCUGGGUCUGUCUUUCAAGAUGGCACAAAAUUGUGUCACUGUUUGGAGCUGUUGCAAUAAAGAGGUGUUUUUAGAGGGUAACUCCAGCGAUAACAGCUGUCUUCACAUGUAUUUCAGAGCCCCCUGCAGGCUCUGUAGCAUAUGUGGUUUGCAUUGACGUUGAGCGUGAUUCAUUCAAGCCUUUUCUUGUAUCCCACCAGAGCACCAUUUUCUGAGAGCCCCAACACAUCUCUGCGCUCACUCUUAAUUGAAGUACUGUAUUUUCUAAAGCUUCUUUUUUGUGCACACAGGUGCCUGAAGUUAGUGUAGGAGCUUCAAGGAAUGGAGAAGCAUAUAUACAAAUGCACAGAUGCACUUGCUUGUACAAUGAAGUGUAUGCAGUGUUGUGUUUAGUGUGGAUUUAUGCAAUACACAGUGUGUGGUAGUAAAGCCAUUCAGAGCCCAAUCUUGAUGCACACUGUAUUUCCAAGAGAAUUUGUACCUCUUGCUGUUGUGAUUGACACAAAAUAGUCUGAUAUUAAGUGCUCUUUUAUUUUUGUUUUGAAGUCAUACUAGAAAAAAUGCCAAGAGCAAAUGUCAAGGAAAAAACUUGAACAAGGAAGAAAUAAUGUCUGUAUUUAGGAGUGCUUGUACUGGAUGUAUGAUAAAGUCCUAAGUAUCAGAAUAUAAUGGCUCCCAAGGCUUAUAUUGAAUUACAGCGUCUCUCCCUUCUUUACUAUCACUGUUAAUUAACACAGAAUGGAAUGAGCACAUAUACAGAUUACUUCCAGUAGGGCAGCACAGGUGUGCUUACAAAGCAGUUUGCAGACGUGCGCUCCUGACUUCUUGGAUUGCUUGCAUGGUGUUCAUUAAAUAGAAAUGAGCAUUGUUACGUACCACAUGGAAUAGGAAACAUUUCCUUUCUAUUAAAAUAAAUGAGGUCUUGACUCUGUUUGA